AUGACCGACACGUUGCGACUUCCCGACCGUGCUCUGGCCAUGGCCAACAUGCACAUGCGCCGCUCCAUGCGUUAUCGUGAGCCAGACUCGACCGUGUCAGGCGAGCCACAGCUCGGUGAGCAGCUCAUUGUCAACGAGUUUAUCGAGCCAGACCAAAAUGAAAAGGCCUAUGCCAAACCACUCGUGAACACCAGUGCCUUUGCCCGCCUGCUGUUCUCCGCUCUUCUCUACUACUUUGAUGUCAUUUCCGACUUUCUCCUGGUCAUCAGUCUCUUUCAAAGCCACGACUUGCGGAUUGCCGGACUGGUCUGCUUUCUCCUCGCAGGCCGUGUCUUCUUUGUGUGUGUGCUCGAUAUGUGCUUAGCAGGCGGUAUGGGUUGGAAGGGGGUGCUGCUCAAUCUCUUUGAGGUUCGCAUGCUCUACUAUCUGGUGUCCAGCUGCACCAAGGAUCGCAAUCCUGUCAUGACCAAGCGCGCCGCCGGUGACCUCGGCCUCUUUGAAGCUCUUUUGGAAGCUCUCCCACAGUCCCUGUUGCAGGCAUACCUCAUGUUGGCGUUGGCCAAGGACCACCAGAACUACGGCACGCGGGUGAUUGUCAGUUCUUUGUGCAUCAGCUGCUUUCGCCUCACCAUUACCGUCAGCGGCAAGCUGCUCACGACCUUCCAGCGUGACAGCAACCUUACGUUCCUCCAGGGCGCUGCAGUCCAUCUCUACUUUCUCUGUGACAUUCUCUCGCGCUCGUUCAGCCUGGGCGUUUUUUUCCUCUAUGCUAGCCCCUCGUUGGUGGCGCUCGGGCUGGUCACCUACAUUCUGGUCGAGCUGUUUCUCCUUUUGCUGCCAGAACGCCACUCCUUUCGCAACAUGGUGGCCAUGCCAUGGUUUGAGUUGCUGGCGCGCCUUGGUGUUGGCCUCAUGGUUUCCAUGCCCUUGAAUCAGCACAAGCCCGAGCGCUGGCGUGUGUUUGCCUUCUCCACCAUUGCCUCGGUUGUCUUUGGAGUGGGCACCCUGCUGGGCUACGAUGUGCAGGCGCAGACCUUUGUUCUGUCGGUUGUGCUUGUGAGCUCAAUCAUCAAGGUGGCGACCUUCCUGGCCGUGCUCAUUCGCUUCCCGGACGGCGACGUCACCAUCUCCCUCAGUAAUCUGGUCCUAACCCCCGUUGAUGCCAACUCCUGGACUUCCGACUACUGGCGUUCUUUCAUCUCUAACAAAAGCGUGGUCAAUCUGUCACGCCGUCGUCUGACAGUCGACGGCGCAGAAACUAUGGUGGAGGCUCUACGUGGCAAUGUAACUGCUCGGACGCUCGACUUAACCAACAAUUUACUGGAGACGCCAGGUUGCGAGCAAGCCAUGAAAGCCCUAACCCAGGCCAAUUCAAUCACUUCCCUUGUGUUGAAAACCAAUAUGAUUGAGUUUGAUGCUUGCGAGAGCAUAGCAGUCGCACUUCAAGCCCCACUUUGUCAUUUGCAGCAUCUCGAUCUUUACAACAACUACAUUGGCGAUCAAGGCUGUGCCGCAUUGGCAAAUGGCCUACGUGACUGCUCGCUUAUUCGGCUCAAGUCUGUUUCUGACGAGCACGGAGUCCACUCUCUCUCUCUCUCUCUCUUUGUGUGUGUGUGUGUGUGUGUGUGUGUGUGUGUGUGUGUGUGUGUGUGUGUGUGUGUGUGUGUUUUGGGCGCCAAUGGCAUUGGUAAUAUCGGAGCAGCUACGUUGGGCAAUGUCCUGGGCUCUGCAACCUGCCGCCUGGUCGAACUCAGCUUGUGGAGCAACAAUGUCGAGACGGAAGGCGCUCAAUGCCUGUUUGAUGCGCUGGCACGAAAUUCAAGCCUUCUGUUGCUCAAUCUGUACAACAACAACGUGGGAGAUGAUUGCGAGGAGCCACUGCAAAGCAUGUUGAGGUCAAACACCACUUUGUCCGAGCUCAACUUGGGUCGCAAUCCCAUCUCGGCUGGCGUGCUGCAGCGGGUCAAUCAAGUCGGCUCGACCUGCUACAUCAACCACAGUCCUUGGUUCUGA